AAUUAAUAUUUGUGUUGCAUUAACACAAGCAAUCUCUGCAUCACUGCAUUACUGAACGAUUCCAAACGUAUAACUGAAUAAGAACUAAAAUAUCGGAUGGAUUCUAUCUGCAGUAGCAAACUGUGUAAGAAGUACUGAGUUGGUUUGCAUGCGUACUGAUGACGUCAUCGAGUGCAGUCGUCCUCCUCCCUGAGCUGCUGAGGAUACACGACCAGAGGAAACGAUGCCCUGCCCAGCUAUGGCUCUGCCCGCUUGAUGAGGUGACCUAUGCAUACCAAGUAGUUAUAAGUCCGGGGACAUCCCCGUGUUUUGCUUCCACAUGCACCGGACACCACACGUGCAGGCAGCGGCUUCAGUCGAGUGCUCUCCUCUCACUUUGGGCUUCACUCCUCUGUCUUUUCCAGUUUAGCGUGAGCAUGGAAGAUUAUGACUACCUGUUCAAAAUAGUGCUGAUAGGAAAUGCCGGAGUUGGGAAGACAUGUCUGGUUCGACGCUUUACUCAGGGCCUUUUCCCACCUGGACAGGGGGCUACUAUUGGAGUAGAUUUCAUGAUUAAAACUGUGGACAUCAAAGGGGAGAAGGUCAAGCUGCAGAUAUGGGACACAGCUGGACAGGAGAGAUUUCGCUCCAUUACUCAGAGUUAUUACCGCAGUGCCAAUGCCCUCAUUCUCACGUAUGACAUUACCUGUGAGGACUCCUUCAGGUGCCUUCCAGAGUGGCUGAGGGAGAUUGAGCAGUAUGCCAACAACCAAGUGGUGACUAUAUUAGUCGGUAAUAAAAUAGAUCUGGCAGAGAAGAGGGAGGUUCUCAGACAGCGAGCUGAGGACUUCGCUGAGGCUCAGAGCAUGCUCUAUCUGGAGACCUCAGCCAAAGAGUCCGACAACGUUGAGAAACUUUUCCUCGACUUGGCCUGCGAACUCAUUCGAGAGGCCAAGCAGAACAAGCUGGAUAACAAUGACACUGCCCCAAUGCCCGGUGAGGGUAAAACCAUCAGUUACUUGAGCUGCUGCAGCCUUAUGUAGAGAGAGCUCAGCAUUCUGGCCGUGGUAUCUCAGUAGCCAUUGACUGUAGAGGGCACACAGUUGAGACCCAAAGCCUCCGUCCCUCUACAAUGGCAUAAAGCCUCUUAGAUCCAUCAUCUCUAGUCCCAUGCCUUUGUGAGCUGUACAGGGGAGUUAGUCGACCUUAGUUUGGCCUUCCAGAAACAAGCAUUUUAAGACAAUGCCAUUAGGAGAACAUUACUCUCAGUGCAACAGGAUGUAACGUUUGAGGCAUCCAGGAUUCUGAGUAGGGCUCAAUUUUGUUCUCGUCUGUGUAACAUUGCAUUGUUUUAGGACUCGUUUUCAUUCAUCGUCAGUAUUCACCAGCAGCAAAAACCUCCCCGGGCGUUUUAUUACAGAUUCCACUAAGCUCACAGAAAAUGGAGAGGUUACGGUACUAAAUGUACAUACAGUGUGUGUUUGGAGAAGAUCCAGUCAGACCAAGAUUUAAAGAAACUUUGCAAACUUAUCCUGAAAUUGGGUCGCACAAUCAGUUAUUUCCAUUUAAUUUCCACUGCUUUGAAAAUAACAUCCAAUGGUCUUAACAUCAUAACAUUAUGUCUGCGUAGUUAUUUACACCCAUAAGUACAAACUGUGAAAUAUUUGUUCCCAAUAGAAGAGUUUUACUUGCUGCUAAAAUUUGUUGGUCAUAUACCAUGAACAGUAACAUACAUAUAAAUACUACAAUAACAGUAUUUUGUGACGCCUUUAUUUUCAUGUAUACUUGCAGUACUUGCCAUUAAUCAGUUGAUAAAGUGUGAAGCAGGUGAAAAAACCUAGUCAGUAAUUAGUAGACAUUUGUUUAAUUACUUGACAUUUUAUUUGCCAGCUGUUAUUUUUACCCAUGUGAAUAUUUCAGAAUUUGUUGUUGUGCCUAACCAUGAAAUUUGUUCCAAUUGGUUUGUUUAUGUAGUUUUGUAUGACCUGUAUUUCAUGAGCUUUUAUUGUGAAAUUUGAUUGUCUAGCAUGUUUUGUCUUAAUUUGUAGUGUCCAAAGUUCAUCUUGCCAUAACUGUUAUGUACUGUAUUGCACAAUGUCAUAUACUGCACAUUUAUUUUGUAACAUGUUGUCUUUUGUUGUACUUGUAGUACAUCUUGGCACUUUGCUUUUAAACGUUUUAUUUCCUGUAAUCCCUUUGUACGACCGGCGAUCAUUUGGUAUUUGCCUUUUACCGUAGCUUUAACAGCUCUUACAUAUUGUUAAUCUCUUGCAUCUCCUCAGAAACACAACAGAAAACACUACGGGGAUAUUGUGCUUUUUUUCCUUUAUGUGUAUAAAAAAUAAUACCUGAAAAAUGACUGUAUACAUUAAUAUUAAAUAGUUACACUGCA